UGACGCGCUAGGUGGUCCUCUUAUCAAAUGAUCUUUCUGCAAGAAGCUUUUCUCUCCUCGAUGCUCCCUCUGGGCAAGCUGUCUCUGCUGUGAUCAUCCGGCAUUCGUUUCUAUCUACUGUAGCGAACAGUUUGUAGCUAUCUCUUUGCUAGCACUCCCGACAGAUCGAGUCAAGCUUGUAAUCAAUUAUUACAGAUCACCGCCGUGCUUUUCGACGUCUCGUUGCAAUCGUGAGCAACCCAUUGCGCCAAAGCACCGGCUCGAAAGACCGCGACACCCAGAGCGCCUCGCCCACCACUGCCGCAUGACAACGCCCUAGCGAUCAAACUUAUCUGGACACAAAGUGACACCUGAGGAACCCGUACGCCCAUUGCGCUUGUGUAGAAGCAGAGUUCCCAUUGCGACGCAUCUCCCAAAGCAACCAUGGCCGAUCAGCUUGCACCCACGGAGCUGAGACAGCGCAAGAACAGUGUUGGCGCUGUGGAGCUGCAAGGCCCUGGCGGCGUUGUCAAGACAGUUCAACUGGAUGAGCUCAGUGAGGCGGAUCGUGCCCUUGCAGCAGAGUUCGGAUACAAGCCUGUCUUCAAGCGAGAGUUUGGUUAUCUGUCAACCUUCUCCUUCGCCGUGAGCAUAAGCGGACUGUUCUCGACCGUUGCCACAACGUUCUCAUACCCGCUAUACGCCGGUGGAAGUGCAUCCGCAGUAUGGUGUUGGCUAAUCUCCGGAGCUGGUUGUAUGUGUAUUGCGUGCUCGGUUUCUGAACUUGUGUCAGCGUAUCCGACCUGUGGAGGAUUGUACUACACGAUCUCGCGCACUGCGCCCAAGGCGUGGGUGCCCUCUCUCAGCUGGGUCACAGGCUGGCUCAACCUGCUCGGUCAAGUCGCCGGUAUCGCUUCAUCCGAAUGGGGUGCAGCUUCACUUCUGCUUGCCGCUGUCUCGAUGGGCACUGACUUCACAUUUGCACCAACCGUCGGGCAGACUGUGGGCGUGAUGGCCGCUCUCACCGUCCUCACAGGUCUCGUCAACUCCCUCUCGACGUAUUGGAUGGAGAAGAUGACCAAGACUUAUGUCAUUUUCCACAUUCUGGUGCUUGUGACAUGCAGCAUCUCGCUGCUAGCACUCUCACACCGCGCCGGGACAAAUCACACAGCCAAGUUCGUCUUCACAAAUGUGGACAACACCUCCGGCUGGGAACCCACUGGCUGGUCCUUCUUGUUUGGCUUCUUGAGUGUGUCUUGGACUAUGACCGACUACGAUGCCACUGCACACAUUACUGAAGAGAUUCAGAAUCCGGAAAUCAAGGCGCCAUGGGCAAUCUCAAUGGCUAUGCUUUUCACCUACCUAGCUGGCUGGCUUUUCAACAUAGUUCUCUGUUUCACCAUGGGCAAUACAGCCGACAUCCUCAGUUCGCCCAUUGAGCAGCCAGUGGCGCAAAUCUUCUAUGAUGUGCUUGGCAAGCGCGGUGGUAUCGUCUUCACCGUGUGCGCCUUCAUCAUUAUCAAGUUCGUCUGCUUCACCGCCAUGCAGGCAUUGGCUCGUACCGUUUUCGCCUUCUCCCGCGAUCGCUUGGUGCCAUUCUCACGUAUCUGGACGAAGAUUCUGCCAUUGACCGGCACGCCUAUCCUCGCCGUUUGGAUCUCUGUCUUCUGGUGCAUCGCAAUCAAUCUCAUCGGUCUUGGCUCAUACACUGCUAUCGCUGGAGUAUUCAACGUCUGCGCCAUUGCACUGGAUUGGAGCUACUGCAUACCAAUCGUGUGCAAGUUGGUCUUUGGUCGCUUCACUCCUGGACCAUGGCACAUGGGCAGACUGAGCUAUAUUGUCAACAUCUGGGCAUGUGUAUGGACGCUCUUUGUGUCCAUCAUCUUCAUCAUGCCCACUGCACUCCCAGUCACUGCCGAAAACAUGAAUUAUGCUAUUGUUUACCUUGGUGGCAUCCUCUUCUUCUCGAUGCUGUGGUGGUACAUCAGUGGCCGGCGGUACUAUACUGGUCCCCUCAUCGAGGCGGACAUCCAAGAGGAGCACCUGCAUGCUGAACGGAGCAGUGAUGAAGACAUCAAUCAGAAGACUGAGAAGUACGGUAAUAUGAUCUCCUAAAUGUUGGAGGUCGGCGUGGUUGAAUGCUCGGUCAGAAAUGUAGGAGAGCUCAUCGAAAGCGUUUCCGUCUGCAGCAACUGGUUAAACGAUGCCAUAAUGUGCUUCAGCAUUAUUGAUUGCCGUUCUUUCAAGAAAUGGUACAGUGCAAGUCUGUCAGGCUGAUUAGACAUACUCUCAAGCUCGCGCAGCAGUGUGUACGGCCAUCCAGCCCUCGACAUGCUUCAGUAGAUCCAGCUUUUGUAUCUUGCCACUCGCAUUGAGUGGGAAACCUGUCAGA